GCAGCGAGCGCCGCCAUAUUAGGCACCGCGGAGCCCGGGAACCCGUCAGCGGCGGCCGCGGCCGGGCCUGGCGGAGCUGCGGGGGCCGGAGGCGGGUGCGGCACGGCGCCGGGAGAGGCGGGGCCGGCGGGAGCCAGCGGGCGAAGGGAGCGAGCCAGGCUGACCUUGGCGUGCAGGCCGUGCCCUGCCCCACCAUGGAUCAGGACUAUGAGCGGCGGCUGCUCCGUCAGAUUGUCAUCCAGAACGAGAACACGAUGCCGUGUGUCUCGGAGAUGCGACGCACCCUGACGCCCGCCAGCUCCCCGGUGUCUUCCCCCAGCAAGCACGGGGACCGCUUCAUCCCCUCGCGCGCCGGAGCCAACUGGAGCGUGAACUUCCACAGGAUCAAUGAAAACGACAAGUCUCCCAGCCAGAACCGCAAAGCCAAGGACGCCACCUCAGACAGCGGCAAAGACGGCCUGGCCUACUCGGCCCUGCUGAAGAACGAGCUGCUGGGAGCUGGCAUCGAGAAGGUGCAGGACCCGCAGACCGAGGACCGCAGGCUGCAGCCCUCCACGCCUGAGAAGAAGGGCCUCUUCACGUAUUCCCUCAGCACCAAGCGCGCCAGCCCCGAGGACGGCAACGACGUGUCCCCGUAUUCCCUGUCUCCUGUCAGCAACAAGAGUCAGAAGUUGCUCCGGUCUCCGCGGAAGCCCACCCGCAAGAUCUCCAAGAUCCCCUUCAAGGUCCUGGAUGCCCCUGAGCUGCAGGACGACUUCUACUUGAACCUGGUGGACUGGUCGUCCCUGAACGUGCUCAGUGUGGGGCUGGGGACCUGCGUGUACCUGUGGAGCGCCUGCACCAGCCAGGUGACCCGGCUCUGUGACCUCUCUGUGGAAGGGGACUCCGUGACCUCCGUGGGCUGGUCUGAGCGGGGGAACCUGGUGGCCGUUGGCACACACAAGGGCUUCGUGCAGAUCUGGGAUGCCGCUGCGGGGAAGAAGCUGUCCAUGCUGGAGGGCCACACGGCGCGUGUCGGGGCCCUGGCCUGGAACGCUGACCAGCUGUCCUCCGGGAGCCGGGACCGAAUGAUCCUGCAGCGGGACAUCCGCUCCCCACCCCUGCAGUCAGAGCGGCGGCUACCGGGCCACCGGCAGGAGGUGUGCGGGCUCAAGUGGUCCACGGACCACCAGCUCCUCGCCUCGGGGGGCAAUGACAACAAGCUGCUGGUCUGGAACCAUUCGAGCCUGAGCCCUGUGCAGCAGUACACCGAGCACCUGGCUGCCGUGAAGGCCAUCGCCUGGUCCCCUCACCAGCACGGCCUGCUGGCCUCAGGAGGCGGCACGGCUGACCGCUGCAUCCGCUUCUGGAACACGCUCACGGGGCAGCCGCUGCAGUGCGUGGACACGGGCUCCCAGGUGUGCAACCUGGCCUGGUCCAAGCACGCCAACGAGCUGGUGAGCACCCACGGCUACUCUCAGAACCAGAUCCUCGUGUGGAAGUACCCGUCCCUGACCCAGGUGGCCAAGCUCACGGGGCACUCCUACCGCGUCCUCUACCUGGGCCUCGCUAAGUUGCCCAGGCUGACCUCGAACUUGUGAUCCUCCUGCCUCAGCCUCCCGAGUAGCUGGGAUGACAGGCGUGGCCAUUGCUCCGGGCCUCUGCAAGUUCUUUCCAGCAAAAAAUGUUUUUGUGCUGGGCUGGGAUGUAGCUCGUGGGUAGAGCGCUUGCUUGAGCAUGUGYGAGGCCCAGGUCCACCCGUAGUGCCCUGCGCCAGGUUUAGUGCUUAAGGCGGCGUGUCCACCUGUGCACGUGUGUGCCCUUGCUCCUGGGCACUCGGCUGCCCGUCCUUUGGUUUCGAUGCUCUUCCCCGCUCCUGCCCUGCGCGGCCUCUGGCCCUUGCCCUUCCUUCUGGCCUCCAAGGCUGGGCUCUGCCCCUGUGGCUCUGAUGGCAUCUGGCUGCCCAUAUCUGCUCCCAGCCUUGUGCCCCCAACUCUGUCCCUGGGCUGCCUGCGAAGACCCAAGGACAUGGAGGGGUUUCUGUCCUCUGCACAGGCAAUGUCCCCUGAUGGGGAGGCCAUCGUCACUGGUGCUGGAGACGAAACCCUGAGGUUCUGGAAUGUCUUUAGCAAAACCCGCUCA